AUGGAUAGACUGGCUAAGACGGAACGCUGGCGUCCCUUCGGCGCCCGCUCCAUUACACUCAGCCUCCUCACUCAAACUCACACAUCCCAUCCAGACGCCGAAGUGGUGUAUGGAAAGGAUGGAGGACAUAAUGGGAUCCGCUUCUCGGCUACUGAUCACCACUACUCGGCCUCACCACCUGGCCUCCAAGGAUACGAUUGUCAGCCAGAGCCCGGUAUCACGGCCAAACGAAAGCAACGGCGGUACAGAACCACGUUCAAUGCUGACCAAUUGAAGGAGUUGGAACGCGCCUUCUGCAAGACGCAUUACCCAGAUGUCUUUACGAGGGAGGAUUUGGCGAUGCGAGUCGACCUGACAGAGGCACGUGUCCAGGUUUGGUUUCAGAACCGAAGGGCCAAGUGGCGAAAACGAGAGAAGCAAGGUGUGCGUCAGGCUCCUCCCAUCUGCGGAUAUCCCGCAGAACACGCCGUCCCGUCUCCCACUCCGCAUCUCUUCCUUCAGCCUCACCUAUAUUUCCCUGUUAACGCCUUUCAAACACCAACAGAGAGUCCCGGUAUGGCUGCUGCAGCCUUACUCGCCGGCCUUCCUAAGCAGGUGCACUAUCCGUUCCUUCACCCUGGUCUCGCGUCCAGCCGGGCAGGUGUUUUACCGUUCGGUGUUCACCCCCCUCGUCCAUCUGUGUGGUGCCCUGCUGUUCCCGUGAUACCGCGGGUGAAGUCUGCAGAGAGACUGGCGACGCAUUCAGACAUUCGGAACUGCUUGGUUCCCAAACACGCAGCGGAGAUGCAGCCGGACAGACUCUCGUUUAGCAUCGCUUCCCUUCGUUUAAAAGCUCGCCAACACGAAGUAAAUACAUGUAUGGAAAGGGGCGAGAAUGUGUCUUUGGCUGAUACGAUUUGAAGAUAAAUCGAUGCACAAUUUUUGCACUUUACAGAAACUAAUCCAGAAGAGAAUGUCGAUUUGGAGUUGUGAAGAUAGACUCAAUUUUUGUGCGUUGGGUUGAUGGCAGGCGUAAAUUACUUAAGUCAUCUCGGAGAGAAAAACCCUCAGGAUAAUUUUUUAGAGCAAAUUCGAAGACUUUACCGGUUGUACUCUCGUUUUGCUCUCUCUUCUGAGUAUAUGUCAAACAGUAACUGUGUGAAGUAUAUCCUACACAUGUGUUUUUAUCAGAAGUUUUGGUGUUCAAUGUAUAACUACUUAAGGAACGUGUAGUAAGAAACCAACGCAAUUUAAAUCAAAUUAAAUGUACAAUAAAACCAAUGAGCUAUAAUAUUUUGUAUCUCCGAAAUCUCACUUUACCCCGGCACCGGCGCAUUCUGCCAUGCAUUUAUAUUUAGGGCACAGGCAUUUGUUUUUUGUUUGUUUUUAUUUUUGCACAUGCCUAUCCGACAAUUAGCAGGUCAGUGUUUUCACGGAAGAGACUUACGCCGUAUACGAAACGGGCUUCCAGAGUUACGGCUAGGUCUAUUGUCCACGCGUCUCCACACAUUUUCAAUGGAGCGAAGACCUAGCUCUAGACAACAGAUUUGGAUGCAGCCUUUGUAGCAGCCAAAG